AAUUAAAUUUACUGAAAAAGGUGAAAUUGUACUGACAAUUUCAAUGUUGUCACAAGAUAUUGAAGAAAACAAAAUGAAUAAAAGUGGAAUUCUGUUAAUUGAAUUAUAUGACACUGGUAUUGGCAUGAAUCCUGAAUAUAUACAACAUGCCUGGGAAAGUUUUUCACGAGUAGAAAUUAAUGGAGGAGAAAUUAAAGCAGAAAGCCAGUUAGGUGAAGGAAGCACAUUUUGGUUUACAUGGAACAUUGAACUAUUAUCAUCGAUGACACCAACUAUUUCAGAACUUCCAACUUCCUCAAACACAAUGAUAAAAUAUUUAAAAAUUGUUGAUAAAGUUGAUGCAUUCGAUGCCUUUGAUGAAGGUAUUAAAGCUGCCCAAACAUAUAAAGAAUUGUAUAAUCAAUCAGCUUAUGAUAUAGCAUUCAUUGGCCUUUAUGAAGAUAAUGAAGAAGAAGUCAUGAAAGCAUCAUUAAAGUUAAAGGCAUUGGAUAUGGAUAUAGCAGAUUAUGAACUUUAUAAGAUUGGAGAUGCGAACCAAGAUAUAUAUGAGGACGUAACUGAAAGUGAUUUUGGGAGAAAAUGUGUUUUAUGUGUGGAUAAUGAUUCUAUAAGUUUAGAGAACACAUUGCAACAAAUUUCGAAACUUGGUUAUUCAACAAUUUCUGCGUCAAAUGGGCAAGAGGCGUUAGAAUUGGUUGAUUCUGAAACUAAAUUAUUAAGACAUUCGUACUCGAGUUCAUUCAAUUCAGAAAUAAAUCAAAUAAAGUCUUGCAGAAUAUCAUUAAUAUUAACUGAAUGUAAUUUGCCAAUAAUGUCAGGGUUUGAUGUUUCACGAGCAAUUAGAGCAAUGAGACCACCAAUCUCAAAUAUACCGAUUAUUGUUCUAACAACUUUAUCCACGGAGGCAAUACAACCCGAAUGUAUCGAGUUAGGAAUAAAUGAUUAUCUUGCAAAACCCCUGAAAGCUGAUAAACUUGAAAAA